UUAUUAUAUAUUUUUAAAACAAUCUGAAAAUGGCGAGUCAAGAUACUGAUCCAAAAGUUGUCGAAGUUACCGACGAAACCGAGAAACAAGAAGAAGAAAUGCCAGCACUUGAGAGUCAACCAAAGAAAGAUAGAAAAUUGAACAAAGCCGAAAAGAAGUGCAUCAAGGCUCUCAACAAAAUGGGUAUGAAAACUCAAUCUGGAAUUACCAGAGUUACUUUGAAGAGAAGAGACGGUAUUGUCUUUGUCAUUUCUGCCCCAGAAGUCUACAGAAGCCCAACUAGUGACAACUCUUUCGUUGUAGUAGGAGAGCUUAAGAUGGACGAGCCAAGAAUUGACAACUUGCCAACUCCACCAGCUCCAACUGCUACUGCCGAGAAGACCGAAGAGACCUCCGCUAAAAAGACUGAAGAUAAGCCAGCUGACACCAAGGAAGAAGAUAAGGAAGAAGGAAAGAAGGCUGAGACCCAAGAAGAUGAUGACGAGGAACUUGAUGAGAGUGGCCUCACCCAGAUGCAUAUUGACAUGGUAAUGCAGAACGCGAACUGUUCGAGAAGAGAAGCAGUGAAAGCGUUGAUAGCGUCGAACAAUGACAUGGUCAACGCCAUCAUGCAUUUGACAAAAUAAAUCUACUCACUUUACUCAUCAAGCAUCA